CUGCGCAGCGGCGGGCCGGGCGGCAGAACUGCUCCCGCGUCACAGCGCCAGGCGCGGCGGGGAGAUGCGGCUCCUGGCGCUGACGGCGGCCGUGCUGCUGGCGCGGGCUCCAGCCCCGGAGGUCUGUGGGGCCCUCAAUGUCACCGUGUCUCCAGGACCCGUGGUUGACUAUCUGGAAGGGGAAAAUGCCACACUUCUCUGCCAUGUCUCCCAGAAGAGACGGAAGGACAGCUUGCUGGCCGUGCGCUGGUUCUUCGCGCGCCCAGAUGCCCAGGAGGUCCUGAUGGUUAAGAUGACCAAGCUCCGGAUGGUGCAGUAUUACGGGAACUUCAGCCGCAGCGCCUAUCGGCAGAGGCUGCGCCUCCUCGAGCAGCGGCGCGGCACCCUCUACACGCUCUCUGUCCUGACCCUCCGGCCAGCGGAUCAAGGGCACUACGUCUGUAAAGUCCAGGAAAUCAGCAAGCACCGGAAUAAGUGGACGGCCUGGUCCAACGGCUCCUCGGCAACAGAAAUGAGAGUGAUUUCCCUCAAAGCUUCUGAAGAUUCAUCCUUUGAGAAAAAGAAAGAGACCUGGGCAUUUUUUGAAGAUCUCUACGUGUAUGCCGUGCUCGUGUGCUGUGUGGGGAUUCUCAGCGUCCUGCUCUUCACCCUGACCAUCAUCUGGCAGUCUUUGUUUAGCAAGAGGAAAUCCAGAGUGAGACACUAUUUGGUGAAAUGUCCUCAGAACAGCUCAGGGGAGACCGUCACCAGCGUGACCAGCUUGGCCCCACUGCAGCCCAAGAAGGGUAAGAGGCGGAAGGAGAAAGCUGAUGUUCCUCCUGCAGUUCCUGCCAAAGCGCCCAUCGCCGCCACGUUCCAUAAACCGAAGCUGCUGAAGCCACAAAGGAAAGUCGCCCUGCAGGGGACCUGGUAUCUGCACUCUGUGUGUGGAGUGAAUGCACAAUGGAGAGCAGAGAGCUGAGAUUGGAGCUUUGAAUCCUCACCACCCAAAGUGAAGUCCAUGGACCAGUAGCCUGGGCAUCGCCUGGGAGCUUGUUGGAAAAGUAGAAGCUUAAGCUCCACUCUAGACCUACUGAAUUAGCAUCUGCAAUUCAACAAGAUCCCAGAUGAAUUUGGUGAACACUAAAGCUUUAGAAGUGCAGUUCUGAAUAACUUAAUAAACUCAGCAACCAGCUCUGGAUGGGUCAUGGCUGGGAGGAUAGAGUCGUCACCCACCACCUCCCAAGAGAUAUGCACUUAUGUUUUUGUAAGACAGUUCAGCCCACUUGGGAGAAUAGUAGGUGUUUUUUUCUUUAUCAAUAAAGAGAGAAUUAAGCAUGAGAAUCUGCUUCUAAAGAGUAUUGUAACUCUCGACAUUCCAGGAAACCUUCUGGACAGCUCCUCCCAGUCUCAGCUGAGUGUAGCCCUGUCUGUGAUCUCCUAGGGCCCCUCACAGUCUGACGUGCAGGGAAUGGACGGCCAAGACCCGCUUGCCUGAGAGUCCCUUGAGUUAAAAUCUAGGAGUUCCCAUUGUGACUCAGUGGGUUAAAGACCUGACGUAGUCUCCAUAAGGAUGUGGGUUUGAUCCCAGCCUCCAUUAGUGGGUUAAGGAUUCAGCAUUGUCUCAAGCUGCAGUGUAGGUUGCAGAUGGGCUCAGAUCCGGUAUUGCUGUGGCUAUGGUUAGGUGGCAGCUGCAGCUCCAUUUGCCCCAAGCCUGAGAAGUUCCAUAUGCCGCAGGUGCAGCUCUAAAAAGAAAAAGAUAAAUAAAUAAAGUCUACAGUAAACCUGCCUCCUCUCAUGGAAUCUGAAAGAUCAGAGUACUCAAAACAGGGACAAGCUUCAUUCCAUCAUAGUUAAAGGGAACCGGUCUUAGGAAUGGGUUGUUCACCCUGUGGUCAGUCCAGGAAUGAGGUUCCAGCCCUGUUCAGUGUUUGCCUGGUUUCAGGAAAGACGCCCCCACUUCAGGCUCAGUUUUCACUAUCAAGAAUGUACUUCCGAGACCAAAAAGAGUUUUUCUCUGAUCAGUAGCAGCAAAGGGCUUUGCAGCACAUUAGACACCAGUGAUAGACUUCUGAGAGGAUUUUAAUAAUAACCCAAAUCCCAGCAAAAUUAUUUCCAGAGGACACACAUUUCAGGUUUCUUGAAGGAUGUUUAUAAUAAGCUGGAGAAUUUCUCUUGUUGUCGUUAAAUGUGCUAGCACUGGUUUCAGUUAAAUUUUACAUGAAAAGGAUAUAUUAACCUGCAUAAAAUAUGUUCAUAAUCUCGAUUUAAAAUUAAAAAGAAGGAAAAAACUCACAACCACAUGUACAAUAUAUCGCCCCAAGUUAAAGCCUUGGGAAAAAAACAAAAACUUUGCCUGCACCACGCUAGUACCAUUUGUACAGAGAUAAAAAUUCUAUGCCCCCCUCGGUACACAUGCACAUCCCAUUAUCGUCACAGGGAGUUAUGGAUGUCGACUGGAGGGAAGAAUAGAUGCCGAGCCUUCGGAAGGGAUGAGAGUGGGGAAAACAGAAGUCAUUUUGUUUCAUGGGCUUCCUUCAAUCUGGGGCGAGCAGGCCUUUCAUAACUGGGAUGCCAUGCCAGGGAGGCGCGAUCAGACCUCCCUGAGGGGCAGUGGGAACGUCCUCUCUUGAGGACUGUUAGCCCUAACGCAGGGCCAUCACAUUCCCACUGGCCGUAAGGUCCGUGCCGAGGCCCCUCUGCUGCCUCUGUCUCUUCUAGGAGGGAAGCGUGGCUUUGCGUCUUCAGGAAGCAGGAGACUUUGAAAUUGACCACCUGGGAACUGUGUUUCUCCUGCUGGCUGUAUCACUGAUUCAUUUGGAUCAUUUUUCCCUCUUCCACUCAGUCAUCCACCCCCCAGGCACCUUCUGAGCACUGAUGGGCAGUGUCCAAGGGACUGGGGGACAGGAACAUGAGCUUUAGAGCCUCCUGGGUGAACAUGCAGCAGAGAGGUGAGCUGGGCCCAAGGGUGGCCUGAAGGUCCAGCAGUCUAGCCCCCUGAGUGACCUGACCUGGUCACACGGGCCCGCACUGGGGUAGCCCAUCCUCAUAGGAAUGUCCCUGCAGGGUGGUAGCUUGUUUUCCAUCUCAGCUCAGCUGAUUUGCUGCCUUUACUGGGCACUUCAUUGCUGGGAUCAUUGCACUGCUGGGAAAUUUUUUUUUAACUUUUUCACUCUAUUUUAUUUUUGUAAUCUCAUGGAACAAUAUCAUUUGUGCUCACAUUUGAUUUUUUUUAAAGCCUUUUUCAUUUAACACUUCAGUUUUGAAUGCAGAGCACUUCAGAGUUGUUAUUGAAAGAUUUUUUCAGUCUCAAAUAGAAUACUAGAAAUAAAGUGUCAUUUUGGGAAAAAAAAAAAGAGAGAGAGAGACAAAGCAUCAUCAGCGGAUCUGUAACAUCAAGCCAGGCAUCCAAAAUUUCAGGAAGAAAAUCUCUAUGUGAAAUUCUGAGUUCCUGGCAAACUAAUAAUACAUUUAAGGGGAUUUUGUUUCCCUAGCCCGAUUCAGUUCUCAUUUUUUAUUAUUAUUAUGACUCCCAAAGCUGAGUUUAUAAAUUCCAACAGAAACAUGUGAUGCAAGAAGAUAUAGCCUUGUGAAUGAAUGAUUAGAGUGUGCAUGGAAAGAAUACAAACCAUGAAUUCAAAAAUAUAUGCCCAUUGCCCAUGUUACAUAUGAAUUCAACAAGAUGAGCUAGCAUACCUGCUACUGUUUUAUAUUUGGUCUUAGUGCUUGGUUUCUGCCCUGUACAUUCUAUGAUGUAAUGCUGGUGGUGAUGGUGAUGAUGGUGGUGAUACACACACACUUCAUUUUGGUGGCACUUCCCCAUGCAGGCACUAUCCCAGUAAUUACCAGUACAGCCAUUGGGAUGACCCUGACCUAUGCAUUGUAAUGUCUCCAUCUCACACAUGGGGUAGGGGAGGCAUGGGGAGGUAGUACCAGCACCAACUCCCCCACCAUGAGGUGGCCAAGCUGGAUCUGACCAGGCGCUUGGCUCCAAGUCCCUGUUCUUCCCCAUGGGAUUCUGGGCUCUGCUGCCUCUCAUCAAAAGCACUCAGUAAAGUUCUAGUUCACUCAGGGUGUUUUCUGUCCUGACUUCCCUGGAUAGGUUUUCAUGUUGAAAACUGUAGCAGUGACUCUAAAUGAGGUACAGGAGUAAGGCUGGCCGUUCAGGGUCUCCAUUUGUUAAAACAGAAGUAAAAUCCUUCCUUGGGCCUCCUAACAGGUGGCCUCUGUUAGGAGUUUGGCUUAUAUGCUUCUAAAUAAUUUUCUGUGUAUGUAGAAACAUAUCAUGUAUGUGUAUAUAUUUCCAAGUGUAUAGAAGUCGACCCAUAGUGCAGGUCAUGGCUGUGGAUUAUGACAAAUCCUUUUUCUAUGUGCCAAGCUUUCAAAAACAAUCCCAAACAAAAUACUCAUAGGUUGAAUUAUCCUCUCAUUAACAAUAUACCAGGCUCAUAUUUCUACAUCAGUGCAAUGGAUCUACCACAUGACAUCAUCAUUUCUUUAAUCAGUCCCCAACUCUAAUUUUUUUUUCACUCUGUGGAUCAGUACUCUAGUGAGUAUCUUUUCACAUGUAACUUUGCUUAGUGGUACUUCUGCAGGAGAGAUUUUUAGAAGUGGGAUUAUGAUGUGAAAGUGUAUCUGCAUUCUCAGUUUUGGUAGAUUCUGCCCAAUUACCUUCCAAAGGUGUUUUCUUUUUUAUUCUCCCAUCAACAAAGGAUGAGAGUCAACAUUUCCUCAUACCCUCCCCAGUGUAGAAUAUCUAUCUAUCUAUCUAUCUAUCUAUCUAUCUAUCUAUCUAUCACCUAAUAUAAAAAAUGCAGGUUUUAUAUGAUUCCAAGUAAUAGAACCAGAAUCCUACUUCUCAUAGGCUGUCCUCAUGGAAACCCUCAAUAGGCUGAAAGAAAUGAGUCUCAUGGUUCUGCCCAUGAUUUCUGAGCAUCCCUUUCCUGUACUCCUGGGACCAAGGAUAUCCACAGACAGUUUUAAUGACUAUCAGACUGGUUUUCUUUCAUUUUGUCUUAUUCAUCAUUCAUUUAAAGAAUGAGCAUUGAGUAUCUCCAGUGGACCAGGUAGCACCUGGGUCAGGUAUCUUCCUAGGAGCUAAGUUAUAAGCAGUGGCGUGCUCCAGCACACUCCUAUCCAUUAGACAGAGCAAAACUCUUCGGUAUCUUGAAAUCAACAAUUGUGGGAACAUAGACAUAGGUAAAUCAGCAAAUGGUACAAAUGAGAGUUUUCUUCUUGAGUGCUAGUAGCUCAGCAGUUUCCCUGCACACCACUGGGUGCAGCAGGCGCUAAGCUUGACAGAAUCACUGCUUCCCCAGAGCUGACUGGUGUGGUUAGAGGCCAGCUCUGGCAUCAGCUCUGGCGCUUGCUAGCUGUUGACCUCAAGCUUUCCGUUUCCUUGCUAUGGUGUCUGCAUGAAUGAGGAUGAAAAUAAGCGUACUUUUUGCACAGAGUUGGUGCACUAAGUAAACAUUUGAGGCCCUUAUAUUCCAGCGGGAGAAGACAGAAGAUAAGCCAAUGGACAGUGUGUUCUAAUGCCAAUGGGUGAUACAUGUUCCGCAGAGCAGGGAGCCAGGCAGGGACUGUGUUUGAUGGGGUGGGGUCCUUCUUGAGGCAAAGACCUGAUAAAGUGAUGGAGCAAGCCACACUGCCAUGUGGGGAAAGAACAUUCCAGGCAGAGAGCACAGCCCAGCCAAAGGGCCCGAGGUGGGCCCUGCACAAGGAGCAUUGUCCAGGAGUGUCCAAGAAACCCCAGGGGACAAGCAUGACUGCAGCGCUGGUCAGCAAGCGGGAUGUGUGGUGUGAGCUGGGGGCGGAGGAUUCCAGGACGAGAUCUUGAAAGAUCAGGAUCUCCCUAAGGACACUGGAUUUUAUUCCAGGUGUGAAGAGAAACAAUGGGGAAUUUUGCGCAGAGCAGUGAGUGGCCCCAUGUGACUUAUAUUUAUAGAACAGUUAUCUUUCCCACCAGUAAAAGAAUUAACUGGAUUUCUUCGGCACUGGCCUGAGGUUUAAUGGCAUCUGGCAGAAUCUGGCACAGGAUAUUUUCCAAAUGAUCUCUGAAUGUCUUCUUUUCUCUGCCCCUAAAUACUUCAAAGGGACCAAUUGUUAAAGCAACACUUACUCAUUUUAUGAUAAAUAUUAUUGUCAUAAUAAUAACAGAGCGCUUGUUUGGCACUUUACCGUUUAGCUACCAGGUAAUUUUCUAGGUACAUUAUAUAUAUUAAUGCCUUUAGUCCUCAAAAUAACCCUGUGGGCUAGGUACUAAUCUGAAUUCCACUCUACAGAUGAGGAAACAGAGGCACAGAGAGAGUAAGUAAUUUACCCAAGUUCACACAGCCAGUAAAUAGCCAUCUUUCUGCCUCCAAGAGUCCAUGCUCUUAAGGUGCCGCUAGAAAGAUCCUUGCCCAAUCCGAUGAAUCUAGAAGACUGUUAAAGAUUGCAGUUGAUUAGAAGAUCAAGAGUAUUCAAGAUUGAAGGUUCUCAGAGUGGACUCCCGUGCAGAAGUAGGUGACAAAACACUGGCUUUUUCAAAGCACAAGCGUUCUGCUGAAUAAUACUGCCAGGAAAAGUACUUUGGGAAGGCAGCUGGGAAAACAUACAUCAACAGUCCUUGGGGAAGAGAAAACGAGUGACUGUAUUAGAUCACGGAGCUCUCACUGUGCCGCUGUGAAAAGUUUCAUGUAUCAGGACCCUCCCCAAGAGCAUUAUCUAUAAUCACAUUUUAGCUUCCAAAACACAUGUGGGUAAAAUCUAGAGCUAUCCAUCUGUCUGAUGAGUAAAACCUCGGGUCUUUCUGUACCAAGUUUCAGCAUCUUCUAAAGCUGGUCACCUUGGUCUGUCCUCAGAGCAAUUAGCCGGGGCAUGUGACUUUCAGGAAUGUCACGUUUGUUCUGGGAAGGCACUUUGCUAAACAUCUUUUGAAUUCUCCAGACUUGAGAGCAUGAUGUGAAUUUGCCCUGCUUAUGAUGUGCAAAUGACUUCAUCCAACCCAUGGUGCCAGCGCACCUGGAUAAGACAUUGAAAUCUUCUUCUGCAUUCCAUUUUUUAUCCUGAGUUCCAGAGCCUUUAUAAUUCUAUCAAAGACCUAGAGAACACUGGGUUAUUGGCUAUUAGUCACUGGUUAACUGUGUGGAAGCCAGGCAGGGGGUAGGACUUCUGGCAGAUGUAACUGCAAGGCUUAGAGAAGGCUGAAAUGACAGAGCAAGCGGGCCUCCAAGGGUGCUGCUGUCUCCAUGCCUGAUAACUGAGGGUCCUGGUCUCUGGGCCCUGGCUUAGAUUGUUAAGACACACCCAGGGCAGCAGUCACAGCUGCCUGCUGCAUUUGGGAGCACAGCUGGAUUCCAGCCUCCAGCUUGAGGGAGGAUUCUGGUAUCAGUUAUACCACUAGAGCCAGAGUUCCCAGUGGACCAAAGACCUCAGCCUCAAAGAGAUGGUGAGUGUGGACUUGGCAUGUGGUUCCACUGGAUUUUUUCAGUCUUGCCCCAUUGACACUUGGCUUCAUAUUUCUGCUUGUUCAGUGGGCACCUUUACUCAAGAGUCUGUUGCCACCUCACACACAGCCUAGCCAAAGCAGAGCCUGCACCCAUGUCACUACCAUUGCAUACUGGUCAGAAGCACACCGCUCCUUCCUUGGAGGCUGAGAGUCCUUUGGGGGUGAGACUGGAGAGAGACAAGUGUUACCUAAAAGGGUCCAGCAGGAUUGUCUCUCCUUUGUUGUGCAGUCCAGUCAGUGUCUGGCCCUGGAGCUGUGCCCUCUCGUCCUCUGACCCGCUACACCAAGCCGGGCCUCUGAUAGCACGGGGUCAGCUCUCCUCUGCCCACUUCCUCUCUAGCUGAUGCUCCCACUGAUGCCCACUGAGCAGUGCGCCUGUUCUGAAGACACACUCUCCUGAGACUUGUGCCCAUGAAGCUUCCCUGUUGUCUUUGGAAGGUCACUAUUUUCCCCCUUGGGAUUUCAAGGACCGCUAUCUACCUGGCUGGCUCACCUGUACCCACAUCAGAGGGUCCACAUCAGAGCCUCUGUUGGGUAAGUGCUAGGCACUGCCUGUGAGUAGAUUGUGAACUCCAGACAGGACUGCCUGACUCUGAGUCCAGACAUUAUCCAGCCAUGUCUGCAAGGCCAUGAAUGAUGUACCUGCAUUUGAAAGCCUGUUUGCUCCUCUGUAAAGUGGGUAAAGUGGGCGUGACCACUGGCCCCACCUCACAGGGCUGCUCUGAAGACUGAAUGAGUUGGUGAAGAUUAGUUAACAUUAAUUAAUCAAGAGUUAACCUUAGUUCUGCCUCGAGAGGACUGCUUCUCAACCCCGCACGCUUUGCCACCUCCCAAAGUCACUUCUGGAUCGUGUCCUUGAAACCCUCCUUUAACAUCUCUGUCUGAGAAAAGUGUCUCUUUUGUUCACUUUGAUUCCUUAUUUUCAUGUACAUGCACACCAGGGAACUCUAGUUUUUCUUUCUAAAAUACAUUUAAUUGUAAAUAAAGGUACCAGUCCAGUCGGUAGAGCUAUGGAACUCAAAAUUGAGUCAAGUUCGUUUCCAAGGCAUGUUGAUUCUUACAGGAAAUAUAAGGACCACACUGGAGUUUUUGUCCCUGAGUUGGGACCUGCAGGUACCCACAGAGGGCCCUCCAUCAAAUAGAGCUUCACUGAACGAAGCCACCCCCUCCUCAGUGGCCGUAGUUGCACGUGUGUGGAUGUUGCAAGGGGAGGGUUUGUUUUACCAGGUACUCCUCUGUUAAAUAAAAAAUGAGCACUUAUCUUGAAGGGGGAAGAGGAAGUCUGCCCUCGAUAAUAUGGAUAAUAUGUAAUUCUCUCUUGGGUAAAUAGAUUCCUGAUAGUGCAACUCGGUAGAACUGCAAUCACAUUUUUAAACUCUAAGGUGACGUUAGCAUAAACAUCCCAUGUCCUAGUUAUUGAUCUGUUGCUGCGAUAAUGGUAUUACCCAAUUGAACUUCUGACAUUGGAGAACUUGCAGUGGCUGCAAUUGCAUUUUUCUUUUACUCCUGCAACUUAAUUCAACUUGCGCAUCCAACUGUGAUCUCUAGAAAAAAGUGUUGUUUUGCAGGAGUCUGCGUAGAAUGUUAAAUCUCUCUCCCUUCUGGUAAGAGAGUUAACUCUUGACUUGAAUCCUGGAGACACAGUUACAAAAUGAAACACCGAGAAACUUCCAAUUAGGAGCUUGAAGUGAGAUGUGUUACCAAGUGGUACACACGUUCUGAAUUCUUUGGGGUCAAGUUGUCUGGUGUUAGCUUGAUGUACUAAAUCCUUCCCUGUAGACAGAUGUUCCAUAGUCAUCACCCUAAAACUGGGGGGACCUAGGGCUUAAAGGAGAAGUGGGAAGGUCAGCUGUUGCCACAUCUCACCACUGUUAGAACAGAAAGGUAGGGGAUGGGAGACAUGGUGUUUCCAACUCUGAAACUUGCAUACUCACUUUGCUACAGCAAAAGUCCAGAAGAUUCCAUCACUGCAUUGGGAAACUAGUCUCUGUGAUUAUCUCUUCCCCAUUCUUUUGAGGGGAUGUUGUGCCAUGUGUGAAUGUAACAUGGCUCAGUGUCCAUCAUUGAGUCUCCAGUGCAAGUGAGAAUUCAUGAGUUCCUUGAGGACAGUGGAAAAGUCAUUGCUGCACCACUAGCUAAAAUAACAAGUACGAUGAUACCAAGUGCCACCAGCAGAGCAAUGAAAAUGCUCAGAUACUGCUGGUGGGAGGGAAGAUUGGUGCAGAUGCUCUAGACAGUUUGGCAGCUUCUUUUGAAGUUAAACAUGCUUUCCCUGUGACCCAACAACCCCAUUCCCGGGUGUUUACCCUAGAGUAAUGAAAACAUUACACACAAACCUACAAUGGGUAUUUAUAGCAACUCUAUUCAUAACCAUCAAAACUUGAAAUGACCCAAAUGGCCUUCAGAAGUGAAUGGAUAAGCAAACUGUGGCGUGUGCAACACCAUGGGAUUCUCCUUAGCAAUCGAAAGGAGUAAACCGUUGAUACAUGCAGCAACUUGGAUGAAACUUGAGAAAAUUAAUACUGGGAGAAAAGGGCCAGUCUCAGAGGGUUACAUACUAUAUGAUUACUUCCAUAUGACAUGCUCUAAGAGAGAAAACCACAGCGACAGAAAAUGGAUCAGGGUUGUCCGAGGGAAGGUUGGAAGGAAGACAUGACCAUAGAGGUUAGGGUGAGGGCAUGUGAUGGAGCUGUUCUGUGUCCUGUGGGUGGUGGCAGUGGCCCCAGAAAUCUGUAUAUGUGUUAGAUGCAUACAACAGUCCACCUAAAAAAUCACUUUUACUGCAUUUCUUUUAAGAAAGUUAAAGGGAGUUCCCACUGUGGCAAAGUGGGUUACAAAAGCAGCUCAGGUCACCGUGGAGAUGCGGGUUCGACCCCCAGCCCAGCAGUGGGUUAAAGGAUCCAUCGUUGCCACAGCUACUAUGCAGGUUGCAGAUGUGGCUGGGAUUUGGUGUUGCCGUGGCUGUGGCGUAAGUCACAGCUGCAGCUUGGACUCAAUGCCUGGCCUGGGAACUUCUAUUUGCUGCAGGUGUGGCCAUAAAAAAAGAAAAAAAGGAAUGAAGAAGGAAGGGAGGGAGGAAGGGAGGAGAAAGAAGGAAGGAAGGAAGGAGGGAGGGAGAAAGGGAGGGA